AUGACUUCAACUCGCACCGAAACUCAAAAAACAACCUCGGAAAAGCAUUCCGGUCCAGCAAAACUGAAGAAAGAUCCAACUAUAGUGGAGAUUUUUGAAAGCUUAGAGUAUGGUCCAGCUCCCGAGGCUGCCAGCAGCGUGAACGCAUGGCUUGAUGAACAUGGAAGGGACUUCGGACAUUUCGUGAACGGAAAAUGGGUAAAACCCAAAGGGAGGAAGGUGUACGAAACCAGAAAUCCAGCAACAGGUUGGUAAUGUUUAAAUGACUUAUUACUAGCAGGUAUUCAAAGUUAUGACGGCGGAAAAAAUCGAAGUAAAUGCACGUGAUUUCGCGGUGAUUUCGGCGAGGACGAACGCAAUGACUUGGGUAGUUGGGUCGAAAUCUUAGAGGAAGUCGGAAAAUAAUUUUCCUUUACAUUUUUUAUAUGCAGCUUGAAUUGGCUUGAAAAUAUGAGGUAAAUAAUUCACGUACAAGUCAAUUCAAGACUUCAACAAGGUAGCCAUGAGCAGCCUACUUGUUCAAUUUCCCAUUCCCAUCCCCUCUCCCCCCCAGGUUGCCUGCAAGCAAGCACUCCAUGUUAAUUGGUGAGUGAAAUGGGGCUAGGAAAGAAGACAUAUGUGAGCAGCAAGGCUGCAUGUGUAGAAGGUAGGCCUUUCCCACCCCUUGCUCUCACAUAUUUCAAGUCUAACUCGCCCAUGACUUCUUACAACAACCUUGAAUUAGAGAGCUUUCUCAUAGGUUAUCACCCAGGACAAAAAUGGUGCUCACAGUGCUCACCCGCUUUUUCUUACACCUCAUUAUUCCGGACAGUUUGGUUUGUCCCUUGCAAAAGAAAAUCGCUUACUUUUUCUCUAAAUUCAAACUGCUUAUAAUUAUAUGUACAGGUCGAAUGCAGACAUCCGUUAAGAGGGACACUUUCUAUGGCUCCCUCGGUGUCUGUGUUAAUGGCGUUUGACUGUACCACUUUCGUAGGACAGGAUAGGUGGUUAAAUGCCUCCACCUUGAGGAUGUUAUUGCAAAAAUAACAGCUUGAUAUAUUUCCAAGUAAAAUCUCUAAACUUUGAAUUCCAUAAAGGUACAGUUGUACCUUGCCCUCUGGACACCUUCAUAAUACAAAAACCUUUCCUUUGUGGACAGUUCUCUUGGUGCUGAAAAUGCAAGUCUUUAUUCAUUUCCUACUUUAAAACAAAAAUAUUUUUGUGCAUGAACAAUAAUAAUUAUCUUAUUUGUUUCUUUAUUUCAAAAUUAUGCUAUUUCUGUUCCUCAGUUGCAAUUACAAGUCAUACCAAGUCAUUUUGCAAAGUCUUGUUGCAGAAAGUAGUCUAAAAAUAAUGUGAUCAAAGAUGGUUGAAGAAGAAAUUUGUUGUUGAAUUUGUUUUUCAUUCCGAGAAAGUUUGAUAAAGCAUUGACAAAAAAACAAACCAGGCUUUUUAGAACAUAAAAAAAUUUCUGUUAAUACACCCUCUGUAGAAUGUAUGGGGCUGGUGAAAUCCAAGAUAAAGGACCAUUUUAAUCACUAAAAGGCAAGAUAAAAAAAAGAACAAAAAAUCAAACUUAAAUUGACAUAAUGUAUUGUCUAAAUAAGUCUUUGACCUUGUUGUUGAUCAUUGCAAGCUCCUCAGGGACCAAAACUUACAAGGAAGACCUACCUGGACAGAGUAUUACAUUAUUUCGGAAAAUUUUGGGUUUUGUUAUUUAGGAAACCAUGGAACAAAUCAGUAAAAAAAAAAACAGGUAGCCCCCCCUCUUUGUUUGCAGAUUUAUUGAUGACCCCCCAUCUGACUGUCCUGAAUUUGACGUGGCCACCCCUCAUUCUUGCCAGCCCACCCCCAGGCAUGAAUAAUGAAUGGUCCCUAAAUGAAGGAAAAUUUUGGGUUUUAUUCAGGGAGGAACAAAAUACUAGGCAUCGGUAAAGCAGGGUUCAAUUUUCCUCACCCCUACCAUAUGUAGGCUUGACUGCUAGCUACUGGACACAAGAGAGUGGUGGAAAUCAAGCCUAUCCCAUAUGGUGUUGAAUUCUUCACUGAGGUGACUAAAAGACUGUUGCCAAAUUCCCAUAAAUGAGUUAAUUUCCAUGGUAGAGGUGGAAGUGGCGCACAUUGAUGUCUUUAGUUAAAUGAUAUAAAAGCAUAAAUGGUCAUGGGAUCAGCUUUUCAAGUUGGGAAAAUCCUGAUGAUGUAGGGGUGUACUGUUUGUUCGCAGACCAUCCAAGAUUUUGCUAACAAUUAAAUAUACUUUUAAAAACUCAAAGUUUUACUGUCACAAAGCUUACACUGUAGAAAUACCAUUGUAGGUCCAGACCUCCUCCUCACAAAGUAAUGUCUGGGACAAACAUCUUGAUUUUUUUUUUACAUCAGCUAGAUAAGGAUUUUCUUAUCCUCUGCAGCAUUCCAACAAUGCUGUCAACACAAGUUAUUUCCUUCUAAGGAUCUGAACUCUACAUAAAAAUGUACAUGUAGGUUGUUUCAGUUCAAGUUCAUACUUUCCUUUUGGUGUCUUCUUUAAUCCUUAUUUUUAGGGGAAAAACUGGCGUCAACAAUGCAAGGUGAAAAAGAAGAUAUUGACAAUGCUGUUGCCACUGCAAGAGAGGCCUUUAAAUCGUGGAGUAAACUUCCUGGCCAUGUGCGUGCUCGUCAUUUAUACAGUAUAGCACGCCAUGUUCAAAAACAUGCACGUCUGAUAGCUGUUGUUGAGAGUAUGGACAAUGGAAAGCCCAUCAGGGAGACUAGAGAUGCUGAUGUGCAGAUUGUAGCCAGGCAUUUGUAUCAUCACGCUGGCUGGGCUCAGCUGAUGGAUACUGAGAUGAAAGGUACGUACAUCAACAUCAAAUUGUUCUCAUUAUAAUAAUAUUACUUUACCCAAAAGAGAAAUCACAGCUAGUUUAAUAGCCUGUUAAGUUAUAGGAAACUAGUGACUGGGGUCAAUUUAAUAACAUGUUUACAAGUGUAAAAUGAGUAAAAUAAUUUUCAACAAGAGAAAUUGCGUAUUUCCCAGCAGCCAUGUAAUGUUCUAUUUAUUGUUGUUAACGUAAUGAAAGUUAACCUGGUAUUUAUUAGUGGUUACUUACAUAAUUAUAAUAAUAAUUUGAUAAUGUGUGUGGUACAGUUCUUAACAUUUUGUUGUCUAAUUCCUGUUUAGAUUGGAAGCCUGUGGGUGUAGUUGGUGCCAUUGUUCCAUGGAAUUUCCCACUGAUGUUACUCUGUUGGAAAGUCUGCCCAGCUCUUGCUAUGGGUAACACAGUCGUACUCAAACCAGCCACUUACACUCGGUUGUCUGCCCUCCUUUUUGCUGAGAUUUGUGCUGAGGCAGGACUACCACCUGGUGUGUUUAAUGUUGUCACAGGAAAUGGUGCAUUUGGCAGUGCCCUUGCUGCUCACCCAGAUGUUGACAAAGUAGCUUUUACAGGCUCUACAGAGGUACUGAUUUUGCACUUUUAUUCUUGUAUUUUUUUCUCUUUCUUUUUGAAACUACUGUCAAACCUUGUUAACACGGACACUGAGAGGGCCAUGGAAAGUGUCCGUAGUAACAGGUUGUCCAUAUUAAGCGGGUUGAAUUUAGAGGAAGUGUAAAGGCCGAUUUAGACAGUAUGAUUUUUGCCUAGGACUAUCGUGCGCCGCUACCAUGCGUCAUGACUUAACAACAGAUCGUGUUGUGUAAAUUAGAUCCGCGACAUUUGUACAACACAUUGUGGAUGUCGUCAGUGAAAAUUGUGCACAUGUGGAUGGUGGAAAGUCAUGACAUAUUCUAGUCGCGCACGAUAUUCGUAAGCAAAAAUCGUACCGUCUAAACCAGCCUUAAGAGCUUUCUUUUCCUAGGAACAAAGCAAACUGUCUGUAAUAAUGAGGUGUCCAUAAGAGGGUUGUCAUAAAGCAGGGUUUGAGUGUACUUUAUUUAAGUGUUGAAUUUAGCUUGAAAAUACCAUUUGCGGACACUGUCUUUACAUAUACAUCUGUUGUACUGCCAUGUCUCCAUGGUCAUUUGAGUCAUGCAAGACCUCCGUUCCUCAGCUUUUCAAGGCAAGCAUGUUUUUAAAGUAAGAAUUCUUUGUAAUGAAUUCAAGCCAUGACAUGAUAAAACAGUCAUUUGGAGUCAGCUUUUGUAUUGUUCUAAAGAAUUAUGUAAAUCUCAGAAGACAUGUUGUCCAGCCUUGGCAGAUGACACUGAGAUCUGCAUAACUUACACAGCCUUUGUCUAUCAAGCACAGUACUGGUACAGAAAAAAUGUCACUCAAAUAACAUGAAAGUCCAGUAAUUUAGUGUACUAUCAAUGAUAACUUGGACGCUGUUUUUUCGUGAAAGUACUCUCAAUAAAGGAUAUCAUGUUUAUCUACCAGUAGCCUGCAUUAUUGAAAAGUACAUGCAUAUUAUCUCUGCAUCUGCAUCUGUAGGUAGGUAAAGUCCUUCGCCGUUUGACAGCAGGAUCAGGCAAGAAGAUUUCUUUAGAACUUGGAGGCAAGUCACCUGUGGUGGUGUUUGACUCUGCUGAUUUGGACAGCACAGUGGAAGGCAUUGUAGAUGCCAUUUGGUUUAAUCAGGGACAAGUAAGUAUCUAAACAGUACGUGUGUACCUAGAAUGCAGUCAUGGUUUUCAAUCAUGGUUGCUGAACCCAAUCACUUAUUGCCAAAUUACAGUGUAAUAAACAUAUGCAACUUCAUAACAGUCAGGGAUUUCAUUAAGGUUUGCCGCACAAAGGCAUGUGGAUUUGAUACCAUGUGACCCUACACAUAUCAAUCAUGUGCAAUAAUGAGGCCUAAGGAUUAGGCAAGGAUUACCAGUUGCUCAUUGGCCAUUGUUGGGUGGUCUACUGAUAGUCAAUGGCUCUGCUUUUCUGAGGAACAUGCACAGUGUAUGUGUUUAAUCUUGAACUUUGCAUUCUAGGUUUGCAGUGCUGGUUCUCGGCUAAUUGUUCAGGAGACCUGUGCUAAGCGUUUGAUAGAAAAGAUCAAAGAGCGCAUGACACAUCUUCGACUAGGACACUGCCUUGAUAAGGGUAUUGACAUGGGAACAAUUGUUGAUCCCUCCCAGAAGAAAUCCAUUGCUGCUUUUGUUGAAGAGGCCAAAAAGCAAGGAGCUGAAGUGUACCAAGCCUGUGCAUCAAUGCCAUCAGAGGGCUCAUAUUACCCACCCACUUUGAUCACUAAUGUACAGCCAGUGUCCAAGAUUGUGAUGGAGGAGGUACAAUAAGAUUCAAAAAUAAAUUUACUUAUGAAUAUACUUUCAAUUAUUUUAUGGCUAAAUUCCUGAGCAGGCGAGUGCAGGAGAAACCUGUGUUCUGAUUGGCCACCCGAGUGGGCAAGAUAGCCCCAACUUCAGUUGCCUGUGCAGGAUAUCCCGCGGUGAUCUCGCAAGAAGAAGCUUGUUUUUGGCCAAAUUGUAAAUCCUUUAUUGACCAAUAGUAUUUUAUUUGCUCCGGCCAUGUGGGCAGUCUCUCUUUUUUCUCCUCGGUCUGCCGCCCUCGUUUAUCGCGUCUCGCGGCUUCGCCGCUCGCGAUCGCGUGCACUCCCCUUACUAAAUCUGAGAAAGAGAGAGACUGCUCGUAGUCUAUGCUGGAUAUUUGACUCGUUCUUUUUUGUCGUUCUAUUGACCUCAGCUUCUCGGUCCAUAAAAACGCAAAAAUCGUGCCCGAUAUCCAGCCAUCUUGACCUCACGCUUGGUCAAUAAGCAUAAUGUUAUAUGGCUGGAAAUCUUGACCUCACGCUUGGUCAAUAAGCAUAAUGUUAUAUGGCUGGAAAUUUCUUUCCCAACAGCGCGCGCUCUCAUUGGUUACUUCGAUGCCACAUGACAUCUAACAAUAAAACCGUUUCCCAUCAAAAUCUCUGAGCUGGCAACAUUGCAAAAUCUAUGACGUUAGAGGGUAACAUUGCACUGUUACCCCCGAAUGUUGACCGACGACCGCCGAUACAGCCGGGUUUAAUGAAUUUUCAGCCAUAUAAAGGGGUCCCUCGGCAAACAGUUAAUGUUGUUUCCCUCGGGACCAUUCAUUAAGCGUUUGAUGUUAUAUCUCGCGGCCUGCGUGAAGGUUUGUAAAGGACCACCUCCCAUAAAUGACAAGCCAUCCAAAGCAACAUUUUCCAGGUCAAAGCGAUAAAGUAUAAGUCUCUCGUAAACGACCAGCUCGCGACCACUUUUUGGGUUGAGGGUUUCCGAAAAAUUUUACUUUGUUGUAAUUACCCCUUGUAAGCAGUCACCUGACCGACGCAUCAGUCGUCUGAUCUCCAUGGUUCCCUUAUCUCCCCAGAGUAUAAUUUUGACGAAGUGGAACUCUCCCUAUUUAGGGAGAUUUAGAGUGACGUUUACGGCAAACGGCAAAUGUCAGAUUCACGUUAGGAAUUUCUCGAAAAUAAUAGAAAACGUGCAUUUAAAACAGUCCAAAACAACUUUUUUAGACAAAACUAACGUGAAGCUACUAAUUUUGGGGGUAGAAGUAAUGAGCAGUUUAACACAAGUUAAGGGAAAACGUUUUUAUAUCGUACAAAUUCACGCUUGCCGUAAAGGUGACUCUAAAUCUCUCUCUUCGCCCCUUUGAGGUUGUGCGGGAGACCGGGUCGAGAUGGUUGUCAAGUGCUUUGUGGGACGGUUUUGGGGGACGCAUUUUCAACAUGGCGGCAAAUUUGUGCCCCAAAACAGUCCCACAAUGCACUUUGACAACUAUCUCGACCUGGUCUUCCGCGCAAUCUCAAAGUGGCGAAUUAUCUUGAUCUCUUCUCGGAAGACACCCCCUGUCGUUUGGUUCGAUUCCGUUAGCACUUAUGAAUGGAGUACAGUAUCUCAAAAUUUUAUUGCUGAUUGAUGUAUGAAUCUGAUUCUUUAUAUUUUACAAGGUGUUUGGCCCGGUACUGACCGUUCUCACAUUUAGAACAGCAAAAGAAGGAAUAGCUUUGGCCAACAACACCAAUUACGGGCUUGCAGGAAGUGUAUGGACUGAAAACCUGUCCCUUGCAUUAGAAGUAGCGUUGAGUAUCAAGGCUGGAUCAUUGUGGGUCAAUGGACACAAUAUGUUUGAUGCUGCAGCAGGUUUUGGAGGUUAUCGUGAGAGUGGAUUUGGUCGAGACGGUGGCAAAGAGGUGAGGAGUAAAUCACAGUCAUGCUCACAGGCUCACUCAUCUCGCAAAAUAACGCGUGAAACAGCUCGGGACGGCGGAAAAACAUGACCGAUGACUAAGUGAACUCUUCGCUCGAACUUUGCUAAAACAUUUGGGUUCAAAUCUCUAUUUUGGAAUAAAUUGUUGCCGCCUACUUCGGGACUGGCUGAACCCGAAAUACAUUAAGUAUUGUUGCUAAUGGAAAUUAAAAUGUUUCUCAGAUGUACAUAUUUUGCUUUCUGCAAGCUUUUCAGACACCAAUUAUGUUUCUGGCGGAGCUUUACAUAUACAGCUGUAUGUGAAGUUUACCUUACAUCAGUGUGCAGCAAUAAACAAACAAUAGCAACUUGAUUCUGAUGAAAAGAAACGCGAUAUUGUCUUUGCAGGGAAUUAUUUUCUCCCCCUUUUCCCUUUUCCCAAGGAAUUGUUUUCUGUUUUCCAGAAAAUAAAAAAAUUAACUUUCUUCCCCUUAAGAAGGGGGGCUUAUUUGAGAGGGGGUGGGCUUGAUUUACGGUAAUAGAGACCUUUAGAUUCUAAGACGAGUACGACAACGAGUACGAGAUUUGUUUUAAAGCUUUUUCGCGAAUUCUCAAAAUAUAGACUCCCCGGAGAGCUUCAUUUUACCAUUUUUCACUACAAACAUAAGCACUCUCACCUUUAGUGAAGGAGGUUACACCCUAUUCCGAUCGCAAAAUGAUAAAACUUCUAACAUUUGAUAACUUGUUUUCGCCACUUCGACAUUCUCGCUAAAACUCGCAGUAGAGUGACGACGGCUACCACGUUUUCCCGCCAAAAUGACGGUGGUUCACGCACGCGCAAUACUUAGUAUUGGGAAAAUCUCGUACUCGUUGUCGUACUCGUCUCAGUAUCUAAAGGUCUCUAAUGUGUACAUCAACCUAACUAAAAGAAACCUCAUAUGAUACAUUUGCUUUUAAAUUUCUAAUAUAACACAACCAUUUUCAAUAGUUCAGGUGUUUUUCUUUUGUUGCCUUUGUUUCCAGCAAAGAAUCUUGAUUCCUCAGAAUAUUUACAACCCAAAAAGGUGGAAUUAAUAUUAUCGUCCAAAAUAGCAUCACAUUGAAAAUUUAAAAGCAAUAAUGUUUGUAUUCAGCUCCUGAGACUUGAUCGUUUUCAGUCCAAUUUUCCAACAAAAUUGAGUUUUAGGUUGUGUUCACACUACAACGGAUAGCUUUUGCGGAUCAAUUUAGGUUUUUGGGAAACUGACCACCUACCCCUCCCCUAAGCCAACAUUUUGCCCUAAACGAGACGUGAGUGUUAAUGUUGACUUAGGGGAGGGGUAGGUGGGCAGUUUCCCAGAAACCUAAAUAGAUACGCUUCUGCGCCGCCACGUCAGGAAAUCAUACCGGAUAGCGCUUCUGUUCAUACUCAAAAAUGGUUGUGGCGGCGCAAUUUCUGUGACAGAGCGAAGGUGCGCUGCUCUGAUCUGUAAAGCGGAGAGUCGCAUAUGGGAUAGGUGUUCAUACUAUACCGUGGGCUAGCUUUUCGUGUCGGCACGCAAAGCUAGCCCACGGUAUCAUAGUGUAAAUAUAGCUUUAGAAUUUUGUUCUUGACAAUGGAUGUUAAACAUCCUUUUAACAGAAGGACUUCUCCGUGAAUCCUUUAAGUUAGUAUUUGUUCCCUGCCUAAUUAAGUGUAUAAAUGUUAAAUUUUGGUGACAGGGCUUGUAUGAAUAUGUCUGCCCAUCAUGGCAAACCAGAGCACGGCCAUCUGUGGAGGACUAUGAUGUGAAGUCAUUUGGAUCGACUGUUCCUGCGAUAGUGAUGAAUCCAAAUUCCAAUCCUGUGAAACUCCCGGAAAUUGCAUCAGGAAACUUAGGCGAAAUUAAACCUCCAAGGUAAGAAAGAGGUCUUAUGUUAUUGUCACUUGUAUACAGUGACAUGGAAUUUAUACUCCUUAGUUAAUGAAGCUAGUAUAAGGUCUUUUAUCAAGGGAAGUCUUGCAGUUAAAGUUCAUGAAUACGGACACUCCUGCAACUAUGCCAAGUGUGGGAAUCACCGAGAGGUGUGUGAAGUCUGUAUGUUUGUUUGUUGACGUAGAAAACUGUCCGUAAAACAGAGGCCUCAUUGAGGAAAGACUCAGUUGUAAUUGGUAUGUACGAAGGCUUUAUUCGUUUACCGUGGUUACAAACCCAAGGAUUUUCCAUCGUACUCAUGAUGCGAGCCCAAAAACCUUGAACGCUUUGAUUUUUAAUAGGUCAAUUGUCUAUUCACCAAUCAGACAUCACUUGUUACACAGUCGCGUUAGCUGUCUCUAGGCCGUAACAGUGACAACACUUGUAGCUUUUUCUUUGUUUUCUUUUCGUUUUUUUCAGUAUUGAUCACACUUACAAAGUUUACAUUGGAGGGGCUCAGAAGCGACCGGACGGAAACUACUCUCGACCCGUACAAAACCCCUCAGGGGAAGUUAUAGGACAAGUGGCUGACGGAAGCAGAAAGGACAUCAGAGAUGCUGUGGAGGCCGCACAUAAAGCAGCACCAGGGUGCGUAUAUUGUUAGGGAGCAGGGUGUUAAAGGCUAUGGUCACACUAUACCCGCAGAUAGCUUUUCGUGCCGUCCCAAAAAGCUAUAGGUAACUGGCAAAGAUAUAUUGUUUGGUAUUAUUGAAUGUGAGGACGAGAUAUUUGGGAAUCAUAUUUUACUACUGGAAAAACAAUACCUAUACUCUUGUAGACAGAACAAACAUUCUCCCUCCAUUAGAGUUCUUAAUUCUAAAAUUAAACACUGUUUUCUAAUCGAGACAACGAUCGCUAAGUCAGACAAUAAGUUAGAGACCCACGAUAUGAAAUGCAGCACAUAUAAAGUUGAGUCGUAUACGAUCAUUUCGCCGCUUUCUUCAUUUAUUAAUUUUUCAUGUAAAUAGAGAAGAAUGUACUGGGGUGUGUUUUUAUCAGUAUGUAAUUGUGUGUGUGCGAUGUGUAUAUGGUUAGUUUUCUUUUCGUUCUUUUUUGUUUUUGUAUUUUUCUUUCGUCUUCAUACAAAUGUAAGGAUCAGUGUGUAAAACAUUGUAACACAUAAAUUUAUUGUAAGACGAAAUAAAAUUUAUUAAAAUACCAAAAAAAAUAUAGGUAACUAGCCAGACCUUCUGGAGUUUAAGAUGAUUUUUUAUCACCUUUUUCCUUAGCUGGGGCAAGAGAGCCGCCCAUAACAGAGCUCAAAUUGUUUACUACAUGGCGGAAAAUUUAGAGCUGCGACGCAGUGAGUUUAGUCAGAGACUGUGCGAUAUGACAGGCUGCUCGCAGGAGGAGGCCAGCAAGGAAGUCGAUAUCGCAAUACAGCGGCUGUUUUACUGGGGUGCUUAUGCAGAUAAAUAUGGAGGUACUGUACAGGUAGGUGUGAGAAUAAACCAGCUAAUGUUAACAAGAAUAUCGUGUUGGACGAAAUUUUUGCGGAGUUUAUUUUUGGCGAUUUGUGGUUUCUUGCGGGGACCAAUUUUUGCGAUUAGGACAGAUUGGUUUUUCUUUGCUGGGAAUUAAUUUUUGCGAUUUUCAGAAAUUACCCAGUAUCCAGCAUUGAUAAUAUUUUCGUUUUUUUAAGUACGUGCAAUAGAAUACAUACUCUCAAACAAUACUAUGGGAUGCGUACGCUACACAAAACCAGUAAUUCAUUGUAUACCGUUUUGUUUCUGAAUGAAAGAAGGACGAUUUCAGACAGACACGAUUUCUUCGUAAUGUCUUGUGUAACGAAUUUAAGGUAGAGAAUAGUAACUGUGGAGUAAAUUUUUGCGGGAAAAAUGUUUGCGGUAAUUUUUAUUUGCGGGAACUUGUUUUUGCGGAUCGCUUAUAAAAAUCGCAAAAAUCACAAAACUUUCGUGCCACACGGUAGGUACAAAAUGUAGGCAUUAAUACAGUAGAUGGAAAAUGAUAGUCAGGUUGUUUGUAGUCUUGAAUAGGACUUACGGACAGUGACUGAUGACAAACUGUUCGAUGGUCAUCUUCCGAGUUAAAUGUGCGUGAAUAUAACUACCGCACGGGUUGUCAUUAGUCACUCUCCACUAGUCCUAUUCAGGACAACACCCACCCGGACAAUCAUAUCCCACCGACAUUUAUCAUAACUCCUGUGUUCAAACCACUCACUAAGACAAUGUAGAGAGUUAAUUCGCAUUUGUAUUAACUUGCUCGGUCGCUCAACUUGCCGACUUCCUUGACUAACUCGCUAACAUCUUUUCCCUGGGGUUUUUGGUAGGGGACACUCCCUUUCCGAAGUAGUUCAGGCAGCUGGUAUCAUUUAUCAGUGUGCGUGCUGCAGAGGAUAGUCGAAACUAGGGCUGGAAAACCCCCUCCAUCCCAAAUUCCUCAAGAAUCCCCCUUGGGCGUCUUUGAUUCUUCUUUGGUACCUGGGGGUACGCUGAGAAUAAAACCCACUAAAAUACUUCAACCUUUUGCGAAGACGUUCUCAACGGAACUUUCCAUAAUGUUAACUAGAGAGUAGAAGGGCGAGUUUACCAAAGUGGUAGGCGAGUUGCUACGUUGCAAAAACAAGUUACCAUGGUCACGUGUUUGUGGCAGGAAACUGUCUACUUGCCAUUUGGACUUUCAUGUUCUCCAAGCAACUUUCCAGGAGCCACUUUAAGGCCAUGUCUGAAGUAUUCUGCAGUCAACACUCUCUAAGACGGACGCCUUUGGGAUCGGUUCUAAGUGUCCGUUUUCGAGAGAUGUCCGUCGUAUUGAGAAUAAAGAUAGGCAGGGACCAACUCUAGUUUCCGUUUUAGAAAGGUGUCCGUCUUAUGUAGGUGUCGGGUGUAUUGUUUUUAAGUCAGUAGUUAAGAUACAUCUUAAUUUAAGGGAACCUCGUGAAUAUGGCACCAUGAACAAGUCUUAUAGGCAAAAUCUCAAAGCUGUUGCCCCUUGUUUAACUUCCACAUGCAAAGAUUCGUUUUCAACCGUGGCAGGAUUACCUCAGUCGGUAGAGCGCUUGACUGAAGAACGGGAGCUCCCGGGUUCGAUUCCCGGGAGCGGACCAACACUCAGGGUCUUAAAAUAACUGAGGAAAAUGAAGGUACUCCCUUUGCACUGCAAGCGGAUGGACGUACCUUUGCGUGGCUCGGAUGACCACGCAAAAUGGCGGCCCCAUCUCCAGUAGGAGACGUAAAAAUAAUGUCCGCAAUUAGUACUUUCGUGCUUAAUACAUUGACACUCAAAUAAAGCGCUUUUUUGAACUCGCAGUAAGAUGUUUUGUUUGCUAACCAUGUACAUUUUCUUCGUGGCUUUUAUAUUUUCCUCUCUCUCCCCUCCCUAAGGAAACGCCGUUCUAUGGUGCUACAGUUAAGAUCCAUGAGCCUGUAGGGGUGAUAGGCAUUGCUUGUCCUGACACGUGUCCCUUACUGGCCUUUGUGUCGCUACUGGCGCCUGCAGUCAUCCGAGGUAACACUGUUGUUAUCUCACCAAGUCAGAAACAUCCCAUGAUUGCUGUGGAUAUGUACCAGGUACCAAUCAUGUCCAUAUUCUGUGCGUUAGUACUGUUUUUUGAUCGUGGACCACUGAGUUCAAAAUUUUUCUGUGCUUUCAGGUGAUCAUAAUCGUUUUCUUCUUUAAUUAUGAGACCAUAAAUAAUAUGUUUAUUCGGCAACAAGAAGUUUAUUUUUUCCCGCGAUUAUCGAUUGAACAUAUUCUAUGAUCGAUUGUCGAUUAUAAUAAAUUUUUCGGCACACAAUUGUUGUGUAUGAAUACUCGAAUAAGCGCCCAUCCUAUGGCCUUAAGUUUGAAACAUGCCUCUUCUUACUCGACCUCUUUUCUUUUCAUAACCGACAAAGGCGGAGCACUAUGUUUUAAAAUCAUGUUUAAUCUUAAGCGGAGCAUUUUUUUUACGACCAUGUGGCUUUCUCGUUCACUGCAUCAUUGGGGAGCUUAACCAACAAGGACGACAGUAAAAACAUCACUAAACAUGAAUUUGCGUUCUUUCAAACUUUAUCGCGUCUAUUUGGACCCGCUCAAUUCGUCAAAUGUAGGCGACUUUUCCUGGAUUUAAAUUCUUAAGGACUUUAUCCAUGUUGAAAUAGAGAAAGGAAAAUUUGUCGUCGUAUGUCCACGUCCUCCAUAAAACGUCGCCUUGGGAGGUUUCACGUCGUAGUGGUGCAGUGGACGUCAAAGAAUUGUACUAAGAAGCGUGAUGCACGUGCAGAGCAGUUGUUUUGCUCAUAAAACCAAUUGUUUUUUGACGCUGUCGUCGUCGUCUUCGUCGUCGUCGUCGUCAUAGUUGCUUAAGCUCCCUAUUACAGUACAAGUAACACGCGGUCUAGCUCAUUCUGAAACAUCUCGUGGAUGGCCCGGCUCCAACACUGAAAAAAUGUCCCGGCAGAUGUUCAAAAUCUGAUCCUCAAAAUUUAACAAAGAAUGUUUGCCGUGGAUUUAUUAAAUUGGCUGGCAGUUUCAAUUGUUACUUCUAAUCCCGAUGGUAAGUGGCGAAAAGAAGGGCCGGAAUUACCAACACGUCUUCCAAUUUUUCAACUCAAAUUUGAACGCCGGAAAUAUUACCCUAUGCCUUAUAGGUGAUGUUACACGAAACGAUUCGCAACGAUGAUUUUUAGCGCAACACAGCGUUGCAUUGUUGGAGCAAUGUUGUAACCAUUCGAAACAAUGUCGCAACAAUGUUGCCACCCUGCGUUGCGCUUAAAAUCGUCGUUGCGAAUCGUCAAGUGUAACAUCACCUUAUGUCGAACCACGUUCAAACGACGGUGUUAGCGGUCCAUUUUGCCGCGCUUUUUGCGAUAACUGCGGAAUUUUAGGUUACAGUUUGUGUUAAAAUUUUUUACAGUGUCUCCGGCAAGGUUCGUUCGUUCGUUCAAUGCGGAACAUUGCAUAUUUUUUCUCGCUUCCUUUCUGUAGAUUUUUGACACAUCGGACUUGCCCGGUGGUGUUGUAAACAUCGUCACAGGGGACCGCGAUCACCUCACUAAAUACCUGUCCGAACAUCAGGACGUUCAAGCCAUGUGGUACUUUGGCUCAGCGGAGGGAAGCAAAUUUGUGGAGUGGUCAUCAGCGGUCAACGUGAAACGUACCUUUGUAAACUACGGUCAGAGCCGAGACUGGCUUGACAACUCUCAGGGGCAGGGUGAGGAGUUUUUGUUCCACUCUACCGAGUGCAAGAACGUAUGGCUUCCGAUGGGAGACAUCUUUGCCAAUUAGUCGGCUUGUGAGGUGACUGCCCACUUGGAUACGCAUGUCAGCUCAUUGCUGUAGUUACAACUGAGUUACAACUGAUUGAAUAAGGGUGUGAUUGAAAGCUGCUGAUGAUACGUAUGAUAACUCUCACAAGGCUUUUCUCGAACAAAAAGAAACGAGUAAGGGCUAGGGAGAGGAGGGAAAGUGGAAGUUUGAAGAGGAAAGAGGACAUAAAUAAUUUUCGGGAAUAGGCCACUUCCGAGUUCCAAAAACCCUCACUUUCAAAAUGAGGCCAAGUGCACAACCUUUCUGGUGAAAAUGAGUUUUACUUGCAUGAGAUUGAAAAACAUUUCCAUAUCAAAGGCUGAGCACUUAACCUCGUUUUGAUACAGAGGCCCGAGGGAACUCGGAAAUGACAUAUUUUUGUUUGCACGUGACGUCACGGCGGCCAUGUUGAUGAUCAAGAACUAAAGCAUCUCUCUCCUUUGACUAAACUCCAUUUUCAUGCAAAUUCUUCAUGAAAUAAUUCUGUUGUAUUGACCACCAACAUGGCUUCCUUGUCACGUGGUUGCAAACCAAGAAUAUCUUUUCCUAAUUCUGGACGGCUUAUGAUUCGAUCAUGAUAUUUACAGCUUCGAACUGAGUUAUUUUAAAACACGAGACGGGUUUCAGUAAAAAUAAAAAAUGGGCAAAGUAUCUGAUACUGGGGGGUGAUUUACAAGAAAAGCGCAUACCAAAAAUUGCAUUGUGCACGAUUUUUUUGCCCUCGCUUCUUUGCAUGAGAAAUUUCAUUCGUUCGCAGCGCUAAGUCGUCAAUGUUUUUCUUUCGUUUUUUAUGGUCUUUACUUUAAUAAUUUAUAAAAUGACCUAAUGCAAGUUGAUAUACUCGGGGAAUAGAAAAACUUUACAGUGAAAUAUCGAUUAUGAACUUCCCUGCAGCAUAUAUCUUUAUUUCCUAAUUGUUAUGUUGGUGUGUAUGAAAACUGUUGGUCACUAUACUUUCACUCGUUGGGUAAACACUCAGGUUACGACAACAUAAUCACUUUUUUUUUCAUUUGCUACUCACUGUAAAACUCAAAGCAUACAACCAAGGGGAUGUACUUUUUGUUGUAAAGUAGUACCUUUUUGGAUAAUGUGUUAUAAUUUGUGCAACUGUACAAAUUUUAAAAUAUGGUACUGUAGGGUAGUAAUUAACAUAAAUACUAAAUAAAUUGACUAGUUGUAGUAAAUUAACUGGUGUUCACAAGAAAAACGAAGGGAUAUUUCUCUACAGUCUUAAUCUUUGUAGUUAAGCCUGAAUGUUUAUGAUUAAAAUUAUUGAUACAGCGGAAACGACUGAAAUAAAUUGACUGAAAAAAACAACAACAUAG